GGGCGCCGCCAUUUUCGGGGGCGGCGGUGGCCGUUCGGGGCGAGUCGGCGAUGCUGGAAGCGAGCAGUACGGCGGCCGCGUACCGGCGGGAGACCGCCUCGGCCACCUCGGAGUCCUACACUGGCCGCUGCUCCUCCACGUCGGGGUUGGGAGGGCGGGCGGAGCGGCCGCCCCGCUAUACCCUUGGGCUGCUGCAGACGCCGCGCAGCACGACGGGCAGCACCGGAGAGCUCUCCAGCGGCGGGGCCGGGCCGGGCAGCUCAAGCCGGGAAGGCGUCGCCCCUAGCCGGGUUGCCGGGGUAAAGGCGCCGGUUUCCGGAAGAGGAGAAUCAUAUUUUGGGGACAAAAGUUCUUGUGUAGAAAACACUAGCACACUGAAUCUCACGAGUUCUUCUGUGCGAGGCCUGCAUAGCACAUGCGUAGCAAAAACACCCCUCUCUUCUAGUAGAUCUGUUUGCAGAAGCCAUACGCCUCUUAUGGGAUAUUCAGUUACAUCCUCGUCUGCAGUCUCUACUCAUACUGCUGCAUCAGUUAUUGUAGCUGUAAUAGAAGGAAGAGGCCUUGCCAGAGGUGAAGUAGGAAUGGCCAGUAUCGACUUAAAAAAUCCUGAGGUGAUAUUAUCACAGUUUUCAGACAAUACAACUUAUGCCAAGGUCAUUACCAAGCUCAAGAUUUUAACACCACUAGAAAUCAUAAUGUCAAACACUGCUUGUGAUGCAGGGAACACAACAAAAUUGUUCAGUCUGAUAACAGAACAUUUCAAGAAUGUGACUUUUACAACUGUGCAAAGAAAAUAUUUCAAUGAAACUAAGGGUUUGGAAUACGUAGAACAAUUGUGUGCCUCUGAAUUCAGCACCAUUUUCAUGGAGGUUCAGUCAAAGUAUUACUGUCUUGCAGCUGCUGCAGCUUUGCUAAAAUAUGUAGAGUUUAUUCAGAAUUCGGUUUAUGCUCCUAAAUCGCUCAAGGUGCGUUUCCAGGGGAGUGAGAAAACAGCCAUGAUAGAUACAUCAUCAGCACAAAAUCUGGAAUUAGUGAUUAAUAACAGAGAUUCUCGGAAUGGUCACACACUUUUCGGUGUACUAAACUACACCAAAACUCCGGGUGGAAGUCGAAGACUUAGAUCCAAUAUCCUGGAGCCACUAACAGACACUGAAACAAUUAACACAAGACUGGACUGUGUUCAGGAAUUCCUCCAGGAUGAGGAGCUCUUUUUUGGUCUUCAAGCAGUUAUCUCAAAAUUCCUGGAUACAGAACAACUACUUUCAGUUUUGGUACAAAUUCCAAAGCAGGAUACAGUUAAAACUGCUGAAUCAAAAAUAACUAAUUUAAUCUACCUGAAACAUACCCUAGAACUUGUGGAGCCUCUAAAGGCUGCUUUAAGAAACUGUACCACACCGCUGCUAAAGGCUUAUUACAGUUCUCUUGAAGAUACAAGAUUUGGAAUUAUACUUGAAAAGAUUACAACUGUCAUUAAUGACGAUACAAGGUACACAAAAGGAUGUCUGAGCAUGAGGACCCAGAAGUGCUAUGCUGUUAAGCCUAACAUCAAUGAAUUCCUCGACAUAGCUCGUAGAACAUACACAGAAAUUGUUGAUGACAUAGCAGGUAUGAUCACACAGCUUGCAGAAAAGUACAACCUGCCAAUGAAAACAAGUUUCAGCUCUGCUCGUGGGUUUUUUAUCCAGAUGAAUAUUGAUUGUUCAGCAUUACCCAAUGGCCAACUUCCUUCAGAAUUUACAAAGAUCACCAAAAUGAAAAACACAUAUAGCUUCACUUCAGCAGAUUUAAUAAAGAUGAAUGAAAGAUGUCAGGAGUCCCUGAGAGAAAUAUAUCACAUGACCUACUUAAUAGUAUGUAAGCUACUGAGCGAGAUCUAUGAACACAUUCAUUGCCUAUACAAGCUGUCUGACAUUGUGUCCAUGCUGGAUAUGCUGCUUUCAUUUGCCCAUGCCUGCACCCUUUCUGAUUAUGUUCGUCCAGAAUUUACGGAUACUUUAGCGAUCAAGCAGGGAUGGCAUCCCAUUCUUGAAAAGAUAGCUGUGGAAAAACCUGUGCCUAACAAUACAUAUCUGACAGAGGGUAACAAUUUUGUCAUUAUUACGGGACCAAAUAUGAGUGGAAAAUCAACAUACCUAAAACAGAUUGCACUUUGUCAAAUUAUGGCACAGAUUGGUUCUUAUGUCCCAGCAGAGUAUUGUUCCUUUCGAAUAGCAGAGCAGAUAUUUACCAGAAUAGGUAUGGAUGAUGAUAUAGAAACAAAUGCCUCAACGUUCAUGAAGGAAAUGAAAGAGAUAACAUACAUCAUACAAAAUGCUAAUGACAAAUCACUCAUCAUAAUUGACGAACUUGGCAGAGGUACCAGUGCUGAAGAAGGAAUUGGCAUUUGUUACGCUGCCUGUGAAUAUCUGUUGAAUUUAAAGGCAUUUACAUUAUUUGCUACACAUUUCCUGGAACUGUGUCAUAUAGAUGCUUUAUAUCCCAAUGUGGAAAAUUACCAUUUUGAAGUGCAACAUGUGAGAAGUAGUGCUGGAAAUAAGGAGAAAAUUGCUUACACUUACACACUCUCUAAAGGGUAUACAGAGGAAAAGAACUAUGGAUUAAAAGCUGCAGAAGUUUCCUCCCUACCAUCAUCUAUCAUUGUGGAUGCAAAGGAAAUGACAAAUCACAUUGCAAAACAAAUCCUGCACAGGCAGAAGAGCACUCCUGAGAUGAUGAGACAGAGAGCUGUGUACCAUUUAGCAAUGAGAUUGGUUCAGACUGCCAGAAAUUCUCAAUUGGAUCCAGACAGUUUGCGGAUAUAUUUGAAAGGCUUGAAGAAGAAGUAUGAAGCCAGUUGUCCUGCACCUGGACAGAGUGAUGAGCAACAGUAAUGCAUUGCACAGGAUGUUGCUCUAAUUGUUCUGACUGCAAGGUGAUUCUGGUUUUCCCCAUAGCAUUAGAAAACACUGCUUUCCACAUAUUUUUCAUUUCUUAAUGCUUAGUCUGAAUUAUAUUCACUACUCAAAGACCAUAUGCUUCAUGUUUUUUUUCCACAAAACACACCUGAAGUAAAAGCAUUUACUAGA